CUACGUUCUUAUCUGUUCUAUAGAGUUUAGUGUUCUCUCUGUGAUCAGUUUCCAUGGCUAUGGCACAUCUAAUAUCUUCUCCUAACGUCUCUUCACUCUCAACUGUGGGUACUUUAAGUUCACAUGGAUCAAAAGCUUCUAAGCACAAUAUAAAAGCUCAGAAACAGUAUAAUAUUCCUUUGAGGUUUCAACAAUCACCUUUUAAUCAUCACUACAAAAGCAUCGAAAAAGGAGCAAUAUAUGAAGAAAGCAAUAAAAGUUAUGUUGUGAAAGCCGUCAAUGUACCAUCUUCUGAGUCAGAAUCUGAAGCUUCCAACUCCAAUAACAUUGUCGACUCUGUCAAAAAUUUCGUGGCCGUUUUGUACCAAUUUAUUUACCCUUACGCAAUGUAUGGUCGAUCAUCAGCGGCAAUUUCUGCGUCUCUCGUUGCAGUAGAAAAAUUAUCAGAUAUAUCUCCGUUGUUUUUUAUUGGUUUGUUACAGGCUUUGAUACCUCACUUGUUUAUGGAUCUUUUUGUUAAUGGCGUGAAUCAAGUGUUUGAUUUUGAAAUAGAUAAGAUAAACAAACCAUAUCUUCCAUUGGCUGCUGGGAAAAUAUCCUUCAGAAGUUGUGCAAUUAUUGUUGCCUUAUCUGCAAUUUUGGGUUUAGGGCUUAACUUCAUGAUAGGUUCUCCUGCAUUGAUUUGGAACUUUGUGUUGUCCGCAACAUUAUGGACUUGCUAUUCUGCCAAUUUGCCUUUAUUACGAUGGAAGCAAAAUCCCGUGCUGGCAUCAUUACUCAUGUUUGUUACUUGGGCAUAUAUAUUUCCAAUUACAUACUUCUUUCAUAUGCAGACGUUUGUGUUGAAGAGGCCACUUCUGUUUACAAGAUCUCUGAUUGUUACUCUGCUGUUCAUGAGUUUCUACUCUACUGGUAUAGCAUUAGCCAAGGAUAUACCUGACGUAGAAGGAGAUAUAAAACAUGGCGUUAAUACUUUCGCAGCAAGUUUAGGCCAAAAAAAACUAUUUUGGAUUUCUGUUGUCCUUUAUGAAAUGGCAUUUGGAGUUGCCUUCUUGGCAGGAGCAUCAUCCUCAUCUCCCUACUUGAUUAAAUUUGUCACGUGUCUUGGAAAUGUUGUUCUUGGUUCAAUUCUGUGGUACCAGACCAAAUACGUAGACGUGACAAAUCCAGCUUCCACUAGAUCCUUCUAUUCAUUGAACUGGAAGGUNCAAUUCAAGUUAUGA